AGCGCAUUUACUCUGUCUCACGUCAGAAAUACCGUUCUCUCUCUCUCUCAGUCUGUGUCUCUCUCUCUCUCUCUCUCACUCACGCACAUGAUUACAGAUCAGGCCGGGAUUGCCAUUACGAGUUUUUGCACUUUUUAGCUAAAUUGUUCUAUGGGGCUUUGAGUUUCUAGGGUUUAUGUAGCAUUUUUACUUGUACUUUGUCCCUAAUUUUCGAUGUCGUCUGCUUCGUCGUCCUCAAAGGUGUGCUACAAUUUGGACUGCAAGGAGUUGAAAUCGGAGCGGCCGAGAAAGGGCUGGAGGCUCCGAACCGGCGAGUACGCCGAGCUCUGUGAUCGAUGCGCUUCUAUUUAUGACGAAGGAAGAUUCUGUGAGACUUUCCACGUGACUGCCAAUGGUUGGAGGUGUUGUGAGACUUGUGGGAAGCAAGUUCAUUGUGGAUGUAUUGUUUCGAGUCAUGUAUUUACAAUGUUGGAUCCUGGAGGGAUUGAAUGCAUGAAGUGUGCAAGAAAAAAUGUCCUUUGGACAUCAAAUCCAGCAUGGCCAACAUCUUUGUGUUUUAACUCCCUUUUACCUGAGAGACUUAAAGACCUAUCUGUCAAAAGUUGGAGUCAUUUGGCUGGAUCAGGUCCUGUACCAUGGCGGCAAGCACCGAGUUUGUUCAAUUCUUCUAUACCUCCACAGGAAUUACAGUCAAGGGUGCCCUAUGAAGUUGACAUAUCAAGUGGCACCAACAAACUUAAUGGCAGUGAAAGAUUGCCUAGCUCUCCCCUGGAAAAAAAGAAAACUGAUGAUUUUUCUGAAAGAUUGAUGAAUGGAAGCCUGAAGCUUGGUGCCCGGGAAAUACUUGAAAAUGGGAAUGCAGGUGCUCAAUUUAUUGGAAUCAAGUGUGAGGAAAACCAUAGUUCAUGUUUGUCUCAACAGCCCCCCACUUUAAAGGAGGAUCCAUCUACCCCAAAAUUCAGUUUGACCGUACCUCAUGCAUCUUCAAAUGAAACAAAUGGUCAAAUCGGGGUUAGUGGAACACAUUUGCGAACAACUUCUACGCCUCUGCCAAAGCAAUUUCAUGGUAAUUUACAUAGUGGAGUUGACUUGUCUGGUGAAGCUCAGGUUCGAAAUGGAAGGCCUAGAGUAGAUGCACGAGGAAGGAAUCACUUACUUUCUCGGUACUGGCCCAGGUUUACUGAUCAAGAGCUACAGCAAAUAUCUGGAGACUCGAAUUCUGUAAUCACUCCUUUAUUUGAAAAAAUGUUAAGUGCCAGUGAUGCUGGGCGUAUUGGGCGUUUAGUUCUUCCAAAAAAAUGUGCAGAGGCCUACUUUCCACCAAUUUCUCAGCCUGAGGGAUUACCUCUUAAAGUCCAGGAUGCAAAGGGCAAGGAGUGGAUAUUUCAGUUCCGUUUCUGGCCCAACAACAAUAGCAGAAUGUAUGUUUUGGAGGGGGUUACUCCUUGCAUACAGGCCAUGCAAUUGCAAGCAGGCGAUAUAGUAACAUUUAGUCGGUUAGAGCCAGAAGGAAAAUUGGUUAUGGGAUUCAGAAAGGCUUCAACUGCUCAAUCAUCUGAUCAGGACAAUGAAACAGGUAAGACGGUGAAUGGAGUUUCCACGCAUGGAGAUGCUGAAUUGGCGGAUCCUAGUUCAUGGUAUAAAGUUGAUAAGUCGGGAUACAUAGCUAAAGAAGUAAUAGGCGGUAAAUCAUCAAUCUCUAGGAAGAGGAAAAACAGCACCUUGCGUCCAAAGAGCAAGCGCCUAAGGAUUGAAAAUGAGGACCUGAUUGAGCUGAAGCUAACAUGGGAAGAAGCUCAAGGAUUACUCCGCCCUUCUCCUAACCAUGCCCCCAGUAUAGUGGUGAUUGAAGGCUUUGAGUUUGAGGAGUACGAGGACGCACCAAUACUUGGGAAGCCAUCUAUUUUUGCUACCAGUAAUGUGGGUGAAAAGAUUCAGUGGGUUCAAUGUGAAGACUGUUUCAAGUGGCGCAAAUUGCCUGCCAAUGCUCUGCUUCCCUCAAGGUGGACCUGUUCUGAUAACUCGUGGGACCCAGAAAGAUCUUUGUGUUCGGCAGCCCAAGAAUUGACGGCAGAACAACUUGAAGAUCUGCUACCGCACUGUAAUUUAGCUGCUACCAAGAAAAUGAAAGCUACUAAACAGGACCUAGAUAAUGUUGAAGCUUUGGAGGGGCUUGACACUCUUGCAAACCUAGCAAUAUUGGGAGAGGGUGAAUCUCUUCCAGCAUCCUCCCAAGCCACGACAAAACACCCCCGACAUAGACCUGGCUGCUCAUGCAUUGUGUGCAUUCAGCCACCUAGUGGAAAGGGUCCAAAACACAAGCAGACUUGCACCUGUAAUGUCUGCCUAACAGUGAAGCGCCGUUUCCGCACCCUAAUGUUGCGGCGUGAGAAGAAGCAAUCAGAGAAAGAAGCAGAAACAACACGGAAAAAGCAGCAACAGCAGCUACCAUCGCCUGAGAAACUGCAGGAUGAUGAUUCACUGCCAUGUAGUAAUACUGGAAAUAAUAGUCCAAAGCACAUCAGAGAGGUCAAUGAUGUUUCUGAUGAUGAGCCUAACAGAAUGAAGUCCUCUUCUCCUUUUAAAGGUCAAAUUGACCUGAAUAUCCAGCCGGAGCGGGAGGAAGAGCUUUCACCAGGUUCUGAUUCUGGCAGCAUGAUGAAGUCACUGCAAGAUGCAACUGACAGGUAUCAGCAGAAAUUGUCAAGCUCUGGUGGCAGUGGAAACUCAUCUGGCAAUCAGUCACAGCCUAGUGGAGAUGGACCAGGGGGAGAAAAACUCAACAAUCUCGUCACCCUUGGCAACCAUCAUUCCGACGCGGAAGAAGACCUUCCUGCAACUUUGUCUUUAAAAUCAUCUGGAUCCACUCCAGCAACUGGUUAGAUUUUCGCAUUUGUGGAUGUUGAUCAGCGGCUAUGUGGAACUCUUGUUGGUUGAUGGGGAAGUUUCUGUUGUAAAUUCAUCCAUACCAACUUCAUGCAUCUUCCCAUCUUCGGGUCUGUACAUAAGAAGAGGGGUAGGGAGCGGAGCGCCCAUAUGGUUGAGAAACCAAUAAUGUGCUACGAUCUCCUCCUCUCUACACUAAUAUAACUAUGACACCAAAAAUGAUCAGGUAGGGAGAUAAUUCUAAUGCAACUUAAGCGGGUAGUCUAUUGUGGGUUGAAGCUAAUAUAGUUUCUUUUUUAGAA